AAUUAUUAAUUAUAUAGAAAUAGAAUAGAGAAAUCGGAACAGAGAAGAGUGGUUGAGGGAACCUUAAUAAUUUGGUACUAUAUUUUUAUAGCCUAUUAUAUAUUUGACGUUUGGAUAAUUUCUAUGUAAUAUUUGAAGCCCACUCCAAAUAUGAAUAGAGAUUUUUAAUUUGCAAUUAUAAUAAUUAGGAUUUCGCAGUUAAUAUAAUAAUUUAAAAUAACACUGAUAAUGAAUCAUUCAAAAUAUUGACUUGGAUUCAGAUAGUCAUAGACAUAUGACUGAAGUUUUAGAAUCUUUUAUUGACAUUAUUGAAUGAAAUAAAUUGAUGCCUCUGACACUAAACUAGUGAAACUGAAAGGACCAAAGUGUCUAAAAGUCUAAAUAAAAAAGCAACAACAUUAUCAAUGAUUUGAUGAAUGAAUGACUAUCAAUCAAUGAUAAUCAAUGACAUGAGUGAUGAUGAGUGGAUCAUAAAUUUUUAUUUUACUGUCAUUAUUGUUUAAAUGUUUAUGAUCAAGUUGACUUGAGUGAGUUUUAAUAGACUAAUAAGUUUUAUCAUUAAUCUGUGCUUGUUAAAGAUUAAUUACCGUAAGGUACUUUGGUGUUACCAUUCAACAAAGAGAGGUCAGCUGGGACGAGCAUAUUAACAAUGUGUGCAACUAGGCAAACAAGACCCUGGGGUUCUUAAGGCAUAAUCUAAAGAUCAGCAACUUCAGUGUAAAAGAAAGAGCCUAUAAAGCCUUUGUAUGGCCACUUUUAGAUUAUGCAUCUUCUGUCUGGGACACAAUUACCCAGAAGAUCAUCGACAGGUUGGAGGCGGUCCAGCAAUGGGCAGCACGCUUUGUCCUGAACCUCUACAGGAAUACCUCUAGUGUUGGCAGCAUACUGGAUAGACUGGGCUGUUCACUAUUGGAGGAACGACGACGAAUAUCCAUGCUUUCCAUGAUGUACAAGAUAAAUAAUGGGCUGGUCCAUUACUCCAGCAUUAAACAGAAACUCCUCCUUCUCCCCCAUAGACUGUAACGAGGCCAUGAUAGGCAGUUCCAGCUCAUACCAGCAAGAAGCCAGUAUAGGAACUGCUCAUUCCUGCCAAAGACAAUCAGGGACUGGAUAAGCUUCCAAAAGGAACAGUUGAGGCGACAACACUUGACAUAUUUGCGUCUAUUCCCUCAGGCCUUCCAGGGUGCAUGAUACCCUCACUAAAUAGCCAGUGACAUAUCCUCAUCAACACUAGGCACAGAAAAAUUACAAAUCCCCUCUACAUGCAUAGGAGCCAGAAUGAUCAAUAAAUUGAUCGUGGGCACCUAAUAUAUAGAAGAAGAAGAAACCAAAGUGAAAGUUAAAUGGAGUUCACAGUUUUGCAUUAUUAUUAAUUAGUAUGCCUAAUUCUAAGUCAUGUAUAUAAGUAUUAUAAGUGAAGUCAUUAAAGUUAAUUAGGGGCAAAUUAGGUCAGGAGCAAAACCAAGUACCCGGUAGUUUAAGUUAGUAGGCUAUGUGUUUUUCACACUGUUUUUUGCUUGUAUUUCAGAUCCUUAGCUUUACCUUACAUAGUAAAUAGUUAAAACAGCUAAGUAUUGAUUUCCUGGUAAAAUAGGACAAUCAAGUUUUUAGGUGUCAUACUUUUUCUAUUAUUCCUAAGAACUAUUCAUCAUUGAUAUUGAUAUUGACUCAUAUUUGUGUGACAAAGCAACAAAGUAGGCCUACACAAUGGGCAUCAUAUUUGUGAUGAAAAUUUCCUACCACCGAAGUCUGUUUGAUCUGAUUCUGGAUAAAAACUUAGCCUAGAUUAAGAAAGGCCUAAACGGGGCCAUAAUAGAUAACUGUGCACUGUGCCUAAAAUAUGUAAAUCAGUAAAUAGGCCUAUUUAUGGGGCUGCCUCGUCUACAUUAUUAGUAAUAGUAUUUAGGCGUAAUAUUACUGACAUAUUAUUGUAAAUGUAGGCUCUAAAGCCAGAGCUAUAGACUAUAGACUAAACUCAAUCAUCAAAAUGAAUGUGCCAGAGACUGUAAUAAGCUACCUUUUGAAGAUACAUAAAUCACAUGAUAAUACCAAGACCAUGAUGAUGUGGGAAAAAUGGAUUGCUUUGAUAAAUUAUUUGACAUAAUAUAAAGUGUUUAUUCCAUGUAUGUCUUAUGGCAUUUAUCAUGCACCAGGAGAGUCAAGUUAAUAAUAAGAUAUUUUAAUGCAGCAUUAAAUCUUAAUUGUAUUAUUUUGAAGUUUAUUGAGAUGUUUAUGUUAAGAGUUUUUGCACUUUUGUAAUUUUCAAUUCCAUUACAGGAAACCCAAUCACAUUUAUUAUAAUUUUUCAAAAACUAAUUUAAACAAGGCUCUUCUGCAAAAAUAAAGGGAUGUUUUCUACAAGUAGCCAGUCGAAAUACUGGCUUUUUAAUGGGGAAACUGAGCUUACAUUCCACAGAACAGAAGCUAAUGAAGCUUAUAUCAGAACUCGAAGAGGCAAUCGAACUGUAAGUAAUGUACUUGCUUUGACUAAAUCAAUGUCUUUAUCAACUUGGGAAAUAAAUUUAAUUUUUUUUUGUAAUGUAACGAUUAUAUCUGGGUAAAUAACUUAUUUUUUGGGGUUAUUUAUUUUGGAACCAUUUCAAAGAUUUUUAAAUUUUAUUUUUAAGUAAGAACUUUUUCAUUGAUUGUUUGGUAAUUCUCUUAUUAAUUUUCUAAGUACUUUUUUUAUAUUUUUUUUUAAAGUCUUCAUUUUUUCCCCCUUCCAUUAUGUUUUUCUUUGUGUACUCUUCAGGAUGAUGAAGCCAAAGCAUAUUUUCUGACUCCGAGUGAAGAGAAAAUACUCAGCAGACAGUACGAAGUUGUCCUCUGCAAGUUCUGCUCUGAAUUUACACCACCUAUGCCUAGAUGUGUGAUAGUAAGUUAAAUAGCACUCUUCAACAUUCACAUAAAUUUGAUAUUUUGAAAUUAAACAUUUUUAUAUUAUUACUUGAAAAAUAAAAAUGUAUCUGAUUUUUUUUUUUUUUAAAGUAUCAACAUAAAAUUUUAUAAAUUCAUAAAUGGAAGUUUUAUUAUUUUUCCUUCCAGGGAAAAUCACUUGCAUUUUUCAAGAUAUUUUAUUUUCAUAUAGCACUCUUCAACAUUCACAUAAAUUUGAUAUUUUGAAAUUAAACAUUUUUAUAUUAUUACUUGAAAAAUAAAAAUGUAUCUGAUUUUUUUUUUAAAGUAUCAACAUAAAAUUUUAUAAAUUCAUAAAUGGAAGUUUUAUUAUUUUUCCUUCCAGGGAACAUCACUUGCAUUUUUCAAGAGAUUUUAUGUUCACAAUUCUAACAUGGAUUACCACCCUAAAGACAUCAUGUAUGUAAAAGUGAUGCACCAUUUUGAGCCAAAUUAAACCCUAAAAAAACACCUUAAUUCAGAAAGUUAUGUAAAAUUUAUUUACAUAUUUCAUCUAAUCAAAAUAAUUUCAUGAAAAAUUAAAAACCAAUGCAUAUUGAUUGAUAAGUGAAUAAAAAAACAAGCAAUGAAAGUUUAGUUUCUCUUAUUUAUAUAAUAUUUAUCUAAUCUCCUAGGCUCACCUGUGUGUACUUAGCUUGCAAAGUGGAAGAAUUUUAUGUUCCGAUUGGCCAGUUUGUACGCAACUUGAGGGGUGACAGAGAGAAGUUUGCUGAUGCUAUUCUUAGUUUUGAAUUGACUUUGAUGUCUAAGCUCAAUUAUCAUCUGACUGUCCACAAUCCAUUCCGUCCAUUAGAAGGAUUUCUUAUAGAUAUUAAAGUAAAAUAUUUAGGAUAUUUUUCCUUCAUUUUCAUUUAAUGUGUUGGAUAUUGUUUGUUUGCACAAUUUUCAGGUUGUUAAUUUAGUUACAUAGAUCAAUUAAAAUUAGUGAAUGAAAGUUAAGAUUUCAAAAAGAAAGUUGUUAAAUAAAGAUUUUUAUUUCUCUAUUGAAGACUCGAUUUAAAGAAAUAUCUAACCUGGAACGAAUUAGGAGGCCUGCAGAGGAAUUUAUAGAAAGAAGCCUACAGACAGAUGCUUGCUUGGUAUUUUCACCUUCCCAGGUAAUCUAUUAUCUCUUUUGGGUAAAGAUUUUCUAAACUCAAGCCCUAGACUAAACUAAAUUAACUUUUUAACUCUUUCGAUGCGGAACAACGCACACUGCGUUCAUCCGCCAUUCUCAAAAGCAUGGACCAAAGUGCUGUGCGUUGUUUUAAUAUCAUGUUUGUUUCUUUGCUAUUUCUCGGUUAAAUUUUAAGAGCUAUUUUUAAAUAAGACUUUUACAUCGAAGAGUGGUACUUCAUUGUUUAUAAGUAUAAGCGAAACCAAGGUUUAUUUGUUGUCAUUUGAAGCAUUAUUUCAAUGAUUUUCUUCGCUUUUUUGUCUUCUGUUGCUAUGGCUACUCUAGGCCCUAGUAGGUGAGUAAGUUUCCUAGACGAUUAACAGCUCAAAAAACUUUGGAAUAGUUUUAUACUAUUUCUUUUGAUAGUGAAGAUGAUUUAUAUUUAAAUCCAUCGCAUGAUUUCGCCGAGAGUAGUAGUUUUAGAGGAUUUGAGUUAUAGAAGUGAAGAUGAAGUAUGCGUAGAGUUAUAGAAGUGAAGAUGAAGUAUGCGUACAUCAUAGGGUUUGGGAAAAAAAUGGUUUAGGAUAAAAUGUUUUUACAUUUUAUGGUUCUUUUCUGUAACUUAUUUUAUUUAAACUGAAGAAAUAAGUUUACAAAAAUAUAGUUCUUUCAAUUAUUUGAUACCAAGUUUAGUGUUAUAAACCAAAGAAUAAUAUUUUAAAUAUUUUUUAAUAAACCCAACCUCUUACUCUUUUUCGCGCUUUGAAAAAAGUGUACAUUUUUUCGAUAAAAAAAUGCCGCAGGGAAAGAGUUAAAGACACUAUCUUUCAGUUUUAUUUCAUUUACAUGAUAAAGUAUAUGACUAUUAUAAGUCUCAUUUAGAUUUUUUAGUCCUUAAUGUCUAUUUAAAUUUCAGAUAGCACUCACAUCUUUAAUGUUUGGGGCUGCUAAAGAAGGAGUGUCACUAGACAGGUAAAGAAAAUACUUACACAAGUAUCUGUAAGAUCAAUACAUAUGUUAUAUAAGUUUCUACAAAUUAUGUCAAUAUUGUCAAGGAAAAAUGGUUUUCCUAUUACAAUUUAUUUUUUCACAUUUUGUACACUUAGAAAACAUCAUUAAUGCUACUAAAAGUGUUAAUUCCGUAGGUAUUUAAAAGAUGUUUUGUUAAAGACAGCGACGACUAGAGAAAUGGAGAUAACUAUGUACCAAAUCCGAAGUAAGUGUUAUCUUUGAAUUUUCUACAAAAAUAUACAUUUUUACAAAUACAAUUUGGAACAAGAUAUGUUACCUCACAUUAUUAUCCUUUACAAAUAAAAGAACCUUAAUUUACCUUGAUCUUUAAUUAUGGUAAAGAUUCUAGCUAGCUAUAUAUGAGCAAGUUCUCUUUCCUUCAAAGGGAUGGUUGAAACUCAUUUUUUACCCAAUCUUUCAGGGUUUACCUGAUUGCUUUGCCCCUACUUGAUAUUAAACAUUAUUUUUAAGUCUGUGUCUUCACUGGACAACAGUAUAUUCUGUUUUAAUUGUUAAAAUCACAUUAAAAUAUUGUACUUAACGUUGACCACUGACUGUUCUGUUUAGAAAAUGCCGGUAAUGUAAAUGUAAAUAAAUAGUGGAACAAGAUAUGUUCACGCUUGAAAAGAAAAGACAAACAGAUAUUUUGGCCAGAAUGUAAAUUGUAACUGCAAAAUAUUUAUUUUGUUUUAAAUAAUUUAUCUUUUUUUAAGUUGAGAUUUUUUUAUAGAGCUGUGUAUCUGUAUUUUGGCAAGUAAUAAGAUGAACAUGAUAUUUGUUGUUCAGGGGUCAAGUUCACUGUUAAGGGUUAUGAGCCAGUCCCUAGAGAACAGGCACAAGCUGUGCAGAAGAAACUAGAUCUGUGUCGGAAUCAAGAAAACAAUCCUGACAGUGAUGUGUAAGUUGGCAAAAAGCAAAGCUGCUUAAACAAAAAAUACUUUUGCUGGAGACUAAAUUAACUUAUCAUAUUUUCUUCAUUUUCUAUUAUUCAAAGUAAGAAACACUUUUUUCAAAUCUACUUUUCUUUGUAUUAGAAGUUUAUUUCGGGGGGGGGGGGGGUGCUCUCAAAAAUGGGGAUAAACACACACACUUUCUGUGCUGUACUUUUGAAGAAUGUUUUCUUCUAAUUUAGAGAAUAGUCUCAUUCCAGGUUGCUGGGAGUUAAGAUGGUAGAGAGGUUGUUGGAGAAGUUUGAUGAGGAAAACAUGAUAAAUGAUUUUUACUUGUGAUCUAGUUUCAAAAUAUUUUCUUUAUUAGCCUCUAAACCCUAAUCAUAAUCAUUCAAAUCAAUUUUAAAAAGAAAUUAUUGAAGAAAUUGGAAUUCUUUUUUAUUGAUAUUUUAUUGCAUUCUCUUCUGCAAUUUAGGUUUAAUUUCUUUUCUAUACAACUUUAUUAUUAUUAUUAUUAGUAGCCCAGGUCAUGAAAUCACAGUUUUUGUUUUUUAUUAAGAUAUAAGCAAAGGAUGUUAGAAAAGCUGGAUGAAGAAGAAGACAUGAGAGUCAAGAAAAGGGCCAGAUUAAAUGAUGUGAGUGUCUUUCAGGCUUGCUUAAAAAGAAAGCAUCCAUAACCAAAACAGUUUCUACGAAGGGAAAGUUUUGUGGUCUAUCUGCUAUCACAAUGGAUUAGCAUAAAAUGAGUGAACAGCUCAGAUAAUUAACAAUUAAAUUUGUAAAAAGGAAAGUUUAAAAAAUUGUUAAACAUCUAGACAAUGCAGGGCUAUUUAAAUCGAGUGAUAUUCUGUUUUUUUUAUUUUGCUUGUCUCUAUAUUAAGAGGGGUUUUUUAAAUUAAUUCUGGUAUAAGUGUAAUGGAACUCUUUUAGCAAUAGUAUAGGAGAGAAAGUAGUCAUGCACAUGUUUACUGAAGAAAAGAAUCAUAAGUAGAAAUGAUGGCUUGGAUACUUUAAAAAAAAAAAUUAAUAAACAUAUAGCAAAUCUCUGUCCAAGAAAAAUAUCGCUCUUAAAAGAAAGUUGAACUAAAUUAAAAGCAAGCGCAAAUUUUUCACUAUUUCAGGAGAGAAAAAAAAAGGCUAUUUUGCUAUAUUGCACUAUAAAUAGCGCUAUAUGAGGAAAACAUUUAAAUGGCACUGAAUAUUAAAAUAUAAAUGUUAAAAUGAAUUUAAGAAACAUUUUUUUUUUUUGUAAUAGGACUUUAUUUUUUAUCCUUUUGAAUAGGACAAAUGAAGACAUACAAGUUUCAAUGAAAUUUCUGGCAUCUUAGAGUAUUGGCAUUCUUCUAAAGACUUGAAUCCUGUACAGAUUAUUAUGAGAAUCAGAGCAGAUCAAUUUUUAGCUGUAAACAAAAUGGAUUUCACUGCAGUUAAAUUUUAUUUAGUUGAUCUUUUACUCAAGAAUUUGAAAUUAGGAAAUUUUGAGACAGAUUAGUCAUUGAAAAGAUAUUAAUUUAAGUUUUGUAAUAUAUACUAUUUCUUAAAGAAAACUUUAGAUACAUUAAGUUGUACAUUCACUUUUGUCGAAUGGAUAUUUGAAUAUGAUUGAUUUUGAUCUAGUGCAGUGAAGAGGAUGAGUCACUUGUGAGUGGUUUUUUAAAGCAGUCUGUCCAUAUUGAGAAAGCAUUAAAUCAAUUUUUUAAAUUCUCUUCUUAUUCCUUUGUCUUCAUAUUCUUAAUUAAAGUGUUCAUAAAAUAAUUAUUUUAAAG